AUGGAUUCGUUUAAUGAUAUACUCAAGAGGUUCGACAAUGGUGAAAUAUUCACCUACCUCGUCGAUAUGAGCAGAAAGCUUUCCAAAGAGGAAGACUUGAACGAAUCUGAUUAUCACACCUAUCGCGAUCAAAUGAACCAACUUAUAGACGAACAAAGAAAAAGACAACCACAACCAAUUGCCAAAAAGAAGAAAGGAGAUGCUACUGCUGCUGGUGCUGCUGCUCCAGAGCCCAAAGUACAGUCAUCAAUGAAUGUGUUUAAAUUAGUUUCGAGAAACUUGGUUCUUGUACUACGUGUGCUAACGUCGAAAACUUACGACAUGGCUAACCUGUUGUUGAAUGAUGUGAAUUUGGAUGAGCAUGGAAGUUUGCGACAACUGUCUAAAGUGGCUAUCAAUAUUCUUAUUGACCUAUUUGACCAUUUCCCCAGUCAAUUGGGAUCAUUGAUUAGCUUUUGCGUGGCUCAGAUUUACAAGAUUUUGAAAAAGGAUCCAAAUAUCGACAGCGAUUUGGUUUAUUUGUUGUAUUCAGUUUCCAAGCAUGCAACUAAACAAGACAUUGACGAGAAAAUGUACAGCAAGUUGAUCAAAAUUAGCACAAAGUCGAUUCUACAAGAGACCAUCUCGUUUGAUAUAGAGGAUGAAAAAUGCUCAUCUACAGUACUCAUGAAGAGGAAUUACACCCAGUGUCACAAGAAUCUUUUAGUUUUGAGUGUAUCUAGCCACUAUGAGUCGUUAUUGGAAGCGUCAGCUAGCUCUAGCUCUGCUGGAGCUAAAAUGAAACCAGAGGCAAUCAUGUCACAACAGCACCAUUUUCAACAGAACAUCCUAACUACACAAGAAAACGUUUUUGAGUAUUGUUUGUCAAGCCCUCUUCAAGAAAUACGGGUUGCUGGUAUAGACUUGUUAACUAAUGUUCUCAUAAAUUUUAUUCCAACGGGUAAUUUCAACCCGGUUGAGUAUUUGAUUAGGUUUUACCCAUUACCUGAUCAAAACAACUGGGAUACAAGCUUGUCUGUCAAACUAGACAUUAAUGGGGAACCAUUAGUAGAAACAAAGAAGGAGAAAAAUUCAAUAGCUAAUCACGAUAGCCAGGCCAUUAUUAACAACCUGUUGGAACGAAACCUUUUGCAAUCAAGCAUAGCUGCCAGUAUUAUAUUCUACAUCCAAAUGGAACAAUUCCAAAACCCCGAAUACUUGUCCACCAACUUGACAAACAUUUUGCAGUUGGUACUUUUGAAAUUUGAUGAUUUGGCCUGUGACAACAACAAUACCAUUCACAUUCAAGAUACAAAUUGGAACAAGACCUUGAGAAAUUGGAAGAUAGUUCUCGAUUAUAUCGUUAAGGAGACUGGCUCUGCUGCUGGUGAUAUUUUAGCAAGUUACUUGUACUCAAAAUUGAAUGUCAAUGUUAAUAAACCGUCUGAGUCGCAACAUGGCGAAAGCACUGAACCAUUGUCGUUGAAUAGGGAUAGAAAAAGGGAGUCAAGGAUAUUUGGAUUCAAGACGACGAAAUUGUCCAAGAGGAAAACGACUGGUUCGGAUAUCAACGUUUACACAAACCCUUAUCAAGCUUGUCUCGUUUUGUCCGUUAUUGAACACAUAAUUCCCUCCGGAGUAGACAUAGAAUCAUCAGAGGAGAGAUCUAAAGAUGAGGAGAAAAAUAGUAUAAAUGAAAUGGACGAUGAUUUGGAAUUGACCAAUAGCGCUGAUGCUAGAGGGUUGUCCUUUUUAGAAAAUACGUUGUUUACGCUAAUUGCCAAUGUCAACUUUUAUACCCGCAACUACGCCAUAAAGACAUUGCUCACUUAUGCCAAAUUCAAUCCCGCUAUAAUCAACCAGUUGAUCUUAUUUGCAUUUAAAUUUGUUGAUCAAGAGCAUAAGCACUCCGAUAAGACAUCCACAAAGGGUUACCACAACACAUGCAGCAUCUCAUCGGUGAGGCUUCUCAAUUAUUCGUUGGCUUUGCUGUCUUUAAUCAAGCAAACUGACCCGGCAUUACUUCAAAAUACCAUCAUUGUUAGAAUAUUGAGUUUUUGUACCCAAAAUUUAAAACACAGUGGGAACUCGAAUAUCAAAAAUUCAAGUUGUUGGAUAAUUUUAUCGUCGUUGGUGUCGUUGUACAACUUUUCCGAAUAUGUUAAAUUGAAUUCGUCGCAGUUUUUGAUUUUUUGGAAGAGCUUACUUACGUCGCAGUUUCUUGGCAACACAGUCAAUUCUAACUUGUCAGGACAACAUGAUCAGACAAAUGAAGUUAUUUCGAAUUUAAAAGUGAGAGCUUUUGCCUUGGUGUGUUUGCACAAUUAUUUAAAGUCGGUCGAUUUGACUCCCGAGUCAUUUAAGCAAAUUCUGUUUUUAUUGACAAAGUCAUACAAUUACUUGUCACAUUUGGAGAGUAAUAUUGAAAAUGUAAGUUUGGUGACGACUUUAAACGCAUCUUAUUUCAAUGACUACGACUACAAUCCCAACCUUCUUAACAAUAUACUAUAUUCCAAUCAUUCCUUCAACAAGCAAUUGUCGUCGGAAAAAAUGAUUGUUAGCUUGGUGUUUUACAGCAAAAAAGUGAUUUUACAGAGUUACAAGGAGAUUGCCAGCUCCCUUAAAAGUGAAAUAAAUUCUAAUUUGGUUAUUUUCCUCAUCAAAAUUUUCAGUGAUCACAGAAUAUUUUCGAGAAAUCUCUCUACCGAGAGUGAUAAGUCAACAAAGAAUAAACUAAAGUAUCCAUCGUCGCAUGCAAAUGCGAUUGACGAGUCGAUAAACUAUUUCAAUGAGGACUACAACUACAGUUUUGGCUUGACUAGCAAAUGGCCAUUUAGAGCGAAAUCAGCAAAUGCUCUAACCCAUUCAUCAGCUGAAGCAGAAGGUGUUUUUGCAUUGCAUAAGAACAAAGAAGCGUCAUAUUGGUUCCACUGUUUUGAACGAGUUGCGCUUUCUUCUACAACUCAGUCGGUCAUUUUUGAUCCAAACGAUUUCGUGACUAGUGAUAUGCCCUUGACUGGUGAACCUUCUUCCAUGCUUAUGACUUCGUUGGUCGAUCUUGCCAUAGAUUUAUUUGAAACACUGUUUGCUCACUUGACGAGCAAGAUUCAAUUUUCGUUGUUGGAACAAAUUCGGAAUUCACUCACGGCGCAUCAAGUUGAUGUAUUAAGAUUGAAAGCUAUUAUGUUGAAUGUAUCAAUUGCUAUGCAUGGCGUGGUUAGAACAAUGUCGGAGAAGGAGUUGACGUUAGAGAUUGGUGUUGCUUCAACCUUGAUUGACGUGAUCAAGAAGGUCAGUCUCAGGAAUGCUGACCUUAUUGUUAUGAAUGCCGAGACCUUGGGACUAAUUUCACUCCUUAUAGAUAAGGACGAUGUUCACGGAGUUAUAACUAAUCUUACAAAUGAUGUUGUCACUGAUGAAAAUCCUUUCCAGAGAGGCUUUUCGGUGCUUUCAUUGACUAAUAUUUAUUUAAGGCGCAAAAUCGGGUUUAAGGAAACAUACCACAUUUUAGCCCAAUUAGUCAAUGACCCAAAUCCUGUUAUCUACUACUUUGUUUUGCAAGGUCUUGUACAGAUUUUCGAAACAAGCUCGGACAUGUCAUCAUUGGCACCACAUAUUUUGGACAAGCUUUUCAACAAUUACUUGAAUAAUAGUUUCGGUUAUGAUCUCAAUAAUAAAGUGUUGGUCAAUCUUAAAACUAGAUUUGGCUCAGUUGGAGUAAUGGCAAAAUUGUUGCAAUUAAUCAUUACAUCAUUGGGGCCAGCAUUGAGGGAAUGGCAAUAUCGCGACAAGGUUGGAUUGAGGAAUCUUAUUGUAGCAUUAAGCUACGGCAUCGGAUUAGCUACAUUGGAUGACUACAUCAAAGUGUAUCAACAAUUGAUGGAGCUCUUCAAAGAGUUGAUUAUAUUUGACUCCAAUUUAAUUGAAGGUGAGAUUGGUGUGUUUACAAAGUUGUUGAACUUGAUCAUUUCCAAAAAUCUAAAGAUUGCAAUAGCCAGUGUUUCUCCAACUUCGUUAAAUACUGAUUCAAUAUUUCCGUUCACAACAAGUUUUGAUUUAUAUUCUUCCGCCUACAGUUGUUACUACGAACUUGUAAAGAUAUUUGGUGUUGGGAUAAUUUCCCAAGAGACUGAGUACUUGUUUUGGGUAUCGAUGAAUAUAAUUCCAUGUCCUGAAUUGGAGCGACUCGUUUUGCUUUGGAUGGAGUGCAGUUUGGACAAGAACUGGUUUAACACAUUAAACACCUUGCUCAAGUCGAGUAUGAAGAAAUUGGUUGAUCCAUUUCUUGAAUCGAAUUAUCAGCAAAAGCUUUUACCAUUGAGCCAGCGACAAAAGAAACACAACAAGAGUAAUGUCGUCGAUUUUAAAGAUGAAGAAAAUGAAGUCAUUGUGGAUGAAGACGAAGAAAAGAUGGAGAAAAACGAACCAAUCACGUUGAAAUUUAGAUUGUUUAUUUACGAUGCAUUGAAUCAUUUGUUAUCGUUGGCGUACAAGAAUCCCAAAUUAGUUGAGCGGCUAAAGAGCAAAAUUGCUGAAAUUGUCAAGCUUUCAUUCUUGGGUUCUACUUCGCCAAUUCUUGACUUGAAAUUGAAAGGCCUCGACUUGUUGAACUCGGCGUUGGAAUUGUUUGGUGAUAUUGAAGAUCCAUUGUACCCAUCUACAUCGAUUCUAGAACAGCAACAAGCUCAAAUAAUCAGUGCUUUGGUUCCCUGUUUUACCCCGGGCAAUGACUACAAGGUAAUUAUCCAUGCCAUUGGUGUGUCUUCGAAUUUCAUUAAUUUACCCCGUAUCAAGUAUUACUCCAAGCAAAGAAUUUUGAAAACAUUGAUACAGCUAUUGGAGGAGGUUUCAUCUAAUAAGUAUUUGAAAUUUGGGUUUUUGGAAGAUAUGUCCGAGUUUGGUAAGAAGAGUAUCCAGUUGGCUAUUUUGAAUUGUUGGGCAUUGUUGAGAAUUGAAGCCUAUGAGGAAGCCGACCAGAAUGAAGUGGAUUUUGAAGAGGUUUUGGAAAGGUAUUCUGAAUUGUUGAUUUCGUUGUGGAUAUUAUCUUUGAGGGAGUUUUCUAUUGUUAAAUACAGUGAAUCUUCAAGCAGAGAGCUUGAGAUUUACGGCAACUAUUGGAUUAAUUUGGUGACUGUCUUGAGUUUGGAAACGGAAACAAAUUUCACUUUGAUCAAUGAUUCACUUUCAGGAGAUGGUGAAAACUUUUUCUUUAUAUUAUUCAGCCAAUGCAUUGAGUCGUUGAUUAAGAACAGAAAUGUUGUGCCCAUCUUAAAGUCGUUGGGUAAGUUGAUGCGCAUAAGCAGCUUGGUUGACUUGUUGUUCAAUGACCACAUUUUUGGCGAGUUGAUUGAUGUUGUUGAUCGAUUGAUUUUGGUCGAGGAGGAUGCAGAAACCCAGUGUUUGUUAUUGGACAGCAUGGAGGCAGCAUUCCGUACUUAUAUAUCAUCUCAUCAGUCUGAUUUGGAGUCCGGGUUUGAUAAAUUGUUUGAACUAAUUAGAGUCACAAUGAUACCUUUAUUCAGAAUCUUGCCUUUCCUCAAGUCUGAUUUUGAUAAUAGCUCAGAUAAUUAUGAUGCAUUACUUAAAAAUGCCGAAGGAGCACCAAAUCUAUUAAUUUUGAAAAAGACAUUUGAGAAUUUGGUCAAGAUGAUUACUUUAUUCCCAGAUGUUGUAAAGAAGGACCUAUAUUCGUGUCUCCUUUAUAUUUUUGCCAAGGUUUAUGAGAGCAAAAAGGUGUUUUUGAUUUCGGUUAUUCUUCCAUAUUUGAAACAGGUGGUUACAGACAGCAAGCAGCUUGGUACUGAUUUUGUCACGCCGUUUUAUGUCGUUGUUUCAAAGUUUUACACCAUCAAUGCCGAGGAAAAUUAUACAAUCUUGACUACGGUCGUGCUUGUGACAUGUGGAGAUAUACAACUAGAUGCUGAGAAAUCAAGACAAUUAAGUAAGGGCUUACUUCAACUAUUGCUGGAUGAAAAAACGGCCUCGUUAAGCUUACAAUGCAUCAAAUCCCUUAUUCAGCAAAACAGGACGCACACUGACCUUGUGUUGAAAGAUUUGAUAGCUGACCUCGUUAGUAAUGUAACAGGUGUUAAUUCACACGCAGGUAUCAGCUCCAAACUAUCACUUGAGAUAUUGAUCUUGUACUCCAAAAAUUUGGUAGACGACAAAAGAAAGUUGACGGCAAUGUACUCUCUUUUGCUACCAAUAUUGAUUAAAAGUGAAGUCGAGGAUAAGCUAUACACACGUGACAAGCUCCUAUUUUUGAUCAAGCAGGAUUCGUCUGUGUUUAAAGAGGUUGUCAAUAAAUACUUGACCCCAUCACAGAAGGUGCUGGCGGAGAAGCUUUUGAAGUUGAAGGGGGAAACUUUGCUGGAAAGAGGAACAGACCCACAAAUAGAAUUGAAAACAUUUGUAUAG